UGCUACGGUGUAGAAAGGUGAAAGAAGCUUGACAACUUCUAAUAUAUCGGAGUAACGUGUGUGCUGGUAAUGACUGCGGGAUCAACGACGCAAGGAGGUCAUUAUGUCUAAAGGAACGCUGUGGAUGGGUGAUAUUGAGCCUUACAUGGAUGAGGCAUUCUUGAAGCAAGCCUUCGCCGUGAUGGGGGAAACUUGCUUGUCUACGAAAAUCAUCACGAAUAAGCUAACCGGACUCCCGCUGGGCUACGGCUUCCUCGAGUUCAUUGACGAACCCACGGCGCAGAGGAUACUGCUAAAGUGCGACGGCAAGCCGAUUCCUGGCUCGAGUCCUAGCAAGAAGUUUAAACUGAACCACGCCUGUCACAGCAAGGACACUGCACAGCAACAAAUUGAGCAUUCUGCCUUUGUCGGAAACUUGACUCCAGAGGUUGAUGACCUGAACCUCUACACAGCAUUUCAUUCGAGGUUUCCGUCAGUGAAAGCAGCAAAGGUGGUGCUGGACGAGAGUGGCAAGAGUCGGGGCUAUGGCUUUGUGCGCUUCGGCAACCAAGAGGAACACCAGCAGGCUCUUGAGGUCAUGAACGGCUUCGAGGGGCUGGGCGGCAAGGCAUUGCGUGUUAGCAGUGCCACCCCCAAAAGGAGCAACGUCCCAACUACCGUGAGCAUGGCUACACCACCAGGUCAGCAGACUUACCAGCAGUACUACGGCAACUAUGGUUACAACUACCAGAACUACUACAACCCCUGGCAGGGCUACCAGCAGUACUACGCCGGAUACCAGGGCUACCAGGGCUACCCAGGCUACUAUGGACAGCAGCCUGAGUAUCCGCAGCACACUGAUUCGUCAGCUGUUGCUCACGCUGGUUACGAGGAUGCUGCCAACGCUGCUGCUGCGGCAGUGCCCCAUGGUCCGAACCCACCUUUGCCUCAAGCGGCAGCCACAACUUCAGAGUCGGACAACGAAGUCGAAGACCAUGACAUGGGCAUGCCUGACAUAGAGGCCAGCAACAAACUCCUUCUGGCCCGAUCUGAGGACCUGUACUCUGCGUUUGAGAGCAGUCGCUGGCUUCCGACAGAAGGACUGGACCCACCUUUGGUCUCUGUCAAAUGAUGUGUGAAAGAAAUAAACAUACUUUUCUAUUGUGUUGCUA